GACGCCGAGAGUGAGUGUAUCGCUUUUAUCUGAAUCCUCAUCUUGGCAACAAAAAUUGGCAAAAAUGGGCAAUCAAUUAGUGGGCAUUGCGCCCAGCCAAAUAUUUCCGGUAGAACACUAUUUGACAGAUCACAGCGAUUUAUUAUUCGACGUGAAUUUAGGAAGCACUAGAUUCUUCAAAGUAGCUCGGGCCCGUAGCCUGGAGGGACUGAUAGUUGUAAAAGUGUUCGCAAUUCAUGAUCCAACAUUGCCAUUAUCUACUUAUAAGGACAAACUGGAGGAGAUCAGGUCAAAGUUAGCCUCCGCUGUCAACUGCCUACCGUUUCAACGAAUGAUCCUCACAGAAAAAGCAGGCUCAAUAAUGCGGGAGUAUGUCAAAUAUUCUCUUUAUGACAGGAUCAGCACUAGGCCAUUUUUAACGAGCAUAGAGAAAAAGUGGAUCACUUUCCAAGUAUUAUACGCUCUUAAUCAAGCCCAUAAGUUUGGUGUUUGUCAUGGUGACAUAAAAUUGGAAAAUAUUAUGAUAACUAGUUGGAAUUGGAUAUUACUCACGGAUUUUGCUAGUUUUAAACCAACGUAUUUACCAGAAGAUAAUCCUGCAGAUUUUUCGUAUUUUUUUGAUACUUCCAGGAGAAGAACAUGUUACAUAGCGCCCGAAAGAUUUGUGAAAACAUUAUCUUCAGAAUUGAGCAAUACAUUGUUAUUACCAGAACAAGAAGUAAAGACAGGUGAUUUGCAUCCGAUGAUGGAUAUUUUUUCUGCAGGUUGUGCUUUAACAGAGUUGUAUAAUGAAGGGCAUCCACCAUUCGAUUUUUCACAACUUUUGGCAUAUAGGAACAACGAGUAUUCUGUGAGCAAACACUUGGACAGUAUAGACGAUCCAGGGAUACGUGAGCUGCUUAGUUCAAUGCUGGAAAGAAAUCCAACAAAUAGGAAAAGCGCAGAGAUCUAUCUGGCUCAAACUCGAGGUACCAUCUUUCCGGAAUAUUUUUAUUCCUUCCUCCAGUCUUACAUGCUUAUUUUCUCCGCUGCUCCGAUUUUAUCACCGGACGAGAAAAUAACACGGUUGAAAAAGGACAUUGGUAAUAUUAUAAGUAUACUAAAGGCGGAAGACAGUGAACGGAUGAAAACGAGCGAAAUAAAACCCGCGGAAACCGCAAAAUCUGGUCAAUGUGAGAGUAAUGUGGAAUCAAUUAAGGACGAUUCUGGUCACAGCGAAGAAAAUACGAUGGUAGAAGUCGACAGCGAUCAAAGUUCCGAUAAGACCGAUUUGAAUCAAAUUGAUAUGAAGAGCACAGCACAAGAUAUUGGCAGUGAUAUUCAAGUGGACGCAGAGCCAGAGAUUAAGUCCGAAGAUAGCAAACAAACUUGCGACGCGGAAUCCAAGAAGUCAAUUUCUACCUCGAGUGAAAUUCUAGAAGGGCUUGUUAUCAUAACUCAACUUGUUACAUCUUGCAUAAGAGGAUUGCAUUACUCGCAAUCCAAAUUGCACAGCUUAGAGAUAUUAUUAGAAUUGGCUGAAAAUGUUUCUGACGAGACAAUUCUUGAUAGAAUAUUACCUUAUAUCUUCCAUUUGGUUCAUGAUCCGGCGCCGCGGGUAAGAGUAUCAGCGAUACACACUUUAACGAAGUGUUUACAUCUUGUAAAAUCGAUACCAUCUUCGGAUGUAAACAUAUUUCCUGAGUACAUUCUACCAGGUUUAGCGCACAUAACUCAAGACGAGGCAGUUAUUGUUAGAGCAGCUUAUGCGGAGAAUAUUGCUCAUUUGGCGCACAUCGCUCUGCGUUAUUUAGAAAACGCUCAUCUGUCUAACUUGGGCAACAAGGAAGGACCAAAGCCUAGUUAUGACAGCGAACUUCAAACCUUGCACGAAAUGGUCCAACAAUCAGUGUCUAUGUUGUUAACAGAUCCCAAAAAUUUAGUAAAACAAACGUUAAUGGAAAAUGGAAUAAACAAAUUGUGUGUGUUUUUCGGAAAACAGAAAGCCAAUGAUAUUUUACUUAGUCACGUUAUCACGUUUUUAAAUGACAAAGAGGAUAAGGAACUGAGAGGCUCUUUUUUUGAAUGCAUAGUAGGUGUAGCCGCUUAUGUCGGUUGGCAUAGUAGUCCCAUAUUAAUGCCACUUCUGCAGCAAGGUUUAUCUGAUCCUGAAGAAUUUGUAACCACAAAGGCCAUAAAUGCCAUGGCAACACUUACAGAAUUGGGUCUACUACAUAAAUCUGCUCUUUAUCAAUUAUUAUCAGAAACUAUGGUCUUCCUGGUCCACCCAAAUCUUUGGAUACGUCAUGCAACCGUCGGCUUUAUUUCCGCGGCAGCAAGAACUCUGAAUGUGGUAGACGUCCAAUGUAAAGUUCAAACGAUGCUCCAACCAUAUCUGAAACAUUCAUUGAUCCAGAUAGAAAAGGAGAUUUUAUUGCUCGAGGCACUUGUUCCUCCUAUAUCUAGAAUCGUAUACGAUUCCGUGGUGAAGUAUAACGAUGUGGAGGAACUAUUCCAAGUACUUGAACAGAGGCAGGCAGCUAGAGCGAAAGCCAUAACGGGUGUAGUAUCGCCGCAAUACAACGACAUGAGUACCUCUUUAAAAAAUCUUUUUAGGCGUUUGAGUUCGGAAUCAAUGACUGAGGCAGUUGAGGAUCAAUUGCUAAUCAUGAAACCUCACUUGAUGAAGAUCAACAAGUAUCGCAAUUCCGCGGACACGAAGCAAAAUGCUAUCAAGCCCGUGGAUGGUAAACUGGAGUUAAGUCCAGUGAAAGAUAGAAUAAGACAUCAUGUCGUCGUAUUAUAUCCUGAUACUAAAGGAGACUUAACCCUGCCACCUUUCAAGAGAUUGGAUCGAAGAACAUCGGAGACUGUUGGUACAUACGCAACAAUGAAUCAAGAAUGGCGUACGAUGUUUGCAGCUCAAGAUAACGCUCAACAUGCUAUUGUUAAAAUGUCAGACAUGACCGGAAGCAGUGGCAGUCCCAGCCAGAGCAUACACAGUGGAGACAUCCAUUUAUCUCCGCAUCAUUGUCUAUCAGAUAUGACUAGCAUUAAUUCUCUCAUGAACGAUCAUUCGCUUCACGAGCGAUCUUAUAUACAAUAUAGAUGUGCGCCCUGCCGGUUAGAAGUACGGCAAUUAACGUAUCGGAAACAAGAGCAACAUGCAGCAGUGUUAAGAGCAAAACGUUGGGCUAACAAUAUCGCUUGCGAAGCUGGCUCCACAUCACUGCCAAAGGAUUGGAGACCUCGAGGAGUUCCCGUCGCGCAUCUCCAUGAGCACAGAGCUGCAGUGAAUAGAUUAGUUUCGAUACCGGACACUAACUUGUUCGCAAGUAGUUCCUCCGACGGAUGUAUUAAAAUUUGGGAUGCCAGUAAGAUGGAGGGACGAAAUAUUGCUAAUCGUUCUAGGCAAACUUACAUGCAUAGAGGAGGCCCACUGGUUGGCUUAACUGUGUGCGACCAAGGGCAAUCUUUAGCAAGCUCUGCGAGCUCGUCUGGAACAGUAUUCGUACUUCGGAUUGAGCCAAACUCGAGUAAAAUGAGCCUGAUUGGCACUCGUCAAUUAGAUCCCCAGGAAGAAGGAAGUGCUGUUGAUCUACAGUAUCUAGAUUCCGGCUCGCAAUCGGUUCUUGUAUAUGCCUCAUUGUAUGGAUCGCUGGUAGGUUGGGACUUACGAUGUCCCGGCACAACAUGGCGCUUAGAAAAUGAUUUAAAGCAUGGAGUCAUCACAUCGUUUUGCGUAAACAGUCAUCAGCAGUGGUUGACCCUUGGCACGAGUUCCGGUAUCCAUACCUGUUGGGACUUGAGGUUUCAACUGCCAAUAACGAGUAUCAAGCACCCAACAGGCGCCAGAGUACGAAAGGUAAUUACGCAUCCGACAGAGCAUUCGUGGAUAAUUUCAGCUGUACAAGGUAACAAUGAGAUAUCUAUGUGGAAUCUGGAGACCGAUCAACGACAGAUGGUUCUAUGGGCAUCAAAUGCCCCGCCGUUGAGUCGUACUCAAGCCGGUCACACUGUAUGUGCCAUGUACACUGGAUGCAUCGAUUGUUCGGGCUUCCUUUUAGCCGGCGGCACCGAUAUGCGAUUACGCUUCUGGGACUUUGAUAGACCCACCGCAUCUUACGUCGCUCUGCCCGCCGCUAACGAUGUCCUCACUCCAAAUUCAUUGGCAUACGAUUUACGUUUGAUAGACGGAACGAACGUCGUGCAGGAGGUAUUGGUGGAUGACGAUUCUAAUCCGUUGUCUGGAAGUGACACAAGAGGAAGAAACAUGGAGGAAAGCGGUCCCGAGACUCCACCCUCCGGUCAGCACGACACGAUCUCCGCCGUGGCUAUGUCGAAUACGUGCAUUCUCACCGGCAGCACAGAUGGUUUGAUACAAGUCUGGAAAUGAUUGUUCUUCUCGGUCCAAAAUUCGAUUACAAAGUUCCUCGCACAGGCGAUAAAAGAGUUUACCAGUGUAAUGCGGAAUUUCUUCCCGGUAAUAACGAAACCAUUGUGAUCCAAGUAAGAAAUAAGUUAUUUUAGAAUUCAGAUAAAUUAUCCAGCAAUGCCGGACAUUGAUCGUGAUAUAAUUUAUUUAAGGGUAGUCACUCGGAGGAAUUGUGAUGGCGAUGUAAUUAUGAUAUAACAAUUCCCAUUUUGACAAAAAAACUUGACAAAAAAA